GAACUCCCACGGACACACCAUGAUUAGGACCCUACUGCUGUCCGCUUUGGUGGCUGGAGCCCUCAGUUGUGGGGACCCCGCUUACCCGCCCAACGUGUCUAGGGUGGUUGGAGGUGAAGAUGCGAGGCCCAACAGCUGGCCCUGGCAGGCCUCUCUGCAGUACAGCUCCAAUGGCCAGUGGCGCCACACCUGCGGAGGGUCUCUGAUAGCCAACAACUGGGUCCUGACGGCUGCCCACUGCAUCAGCUCCUCCAGGACCUACCGUGUGGUGCUGGGCCGGCAAAGCCUCUCCACUGAGGAGACCGGCUCGCUGGCUGUCAAGGUCUCUACCAUUGUGGUGCACAAGGACUGGAACUCCAGCCAGCUCUCCAAAGGGAACGACAUUGCCAUGCUCAAACUGGCUAACCCCGUCUCCCUCACCAACAAGAUCCAGCUGGCCUGCCUCCCUCCUGCCGGCACCAUCCUACCCAACAAUUACCCCUGCUAUGUCACGGGCUGGGGAAGGCUGAAGACCAACGGGGCUGCUCCUGACAUCCUGCAGCAGGGCCGGUUGCUGGUUGUGGACUAUGCCACCUGCUCCAGUUCUGGCUGGUGGGGCAGCACCGUGAAGACCAAUAUGGUCUGCGCUGGGGGUGAUGGCGUGAUCUCCAGCUGCAAUGGAGACUCCGGCGGGCCGCUGAACUGCCGUGUGGCUGACGGCCAUUGGGAGGUGCACGGCAUCGUCAGCUUCGGGUCCUCCCUCGGCUGCAACUACUACCACAAGCCCUCCGUCUUCACGCGGGUCUCCAACUACAUUGACUGGAUCAAUUCGGUGAUUGCAAAUAACUAACCAAAAGAAGUCCCUGGGACUAUUUCAGACUUGGAAACAUCACAGAAGGAAAACGGUAUCAUAUAAAGUGACAACUAUGCAAAUCACA